AUGAAGCUCACUUCCCUCGCCUUGACGGCGGCGGCCACUGUUGCCCUGGCUCAACCGCAUAACCAUGCCCACCGACACUUGCACCAGCACAAACAACGGGAUGUCACCCUGACCACCUAUGCUGCAGGCCCUACUGCCUAUGUCUACCUUCUUGACGGCAAGGAAAUCACGCCUGAGGAAGUCUGCGACGGUCUGCAGGACAACGAACUGAAGUUUGUGGAUGGUCAAGAUCCAGGUGUUUGCUCUUCUACCGCUGCUGCCACGACCAGCAGCAGCAUUCCCACAACCACUGCGGCUCCUACAACUACCGCCGAACCUACUACAACCACUACGACAUCUCCCCCAGCCUCUAGCUCUGUGGCAGCCGAGUUCUACCCAGCAUCAUUUUCAUCCGCUUGGGCCAGCCCUAGCGACUCUGGCUCGAGCUCCAGUGCAGAGUCCAGUGCAGCACCUUCCGCGUCGGCCUCACCCUCAUCCUGGUCCUCGUCUGGCUCUUCUGGCGCAACCGGCCUCACGGCGGCGUUCCCUGAUGGAGAGCUUGAUUGCAGCGAGUUUCCCUCUGCUUAUGGUGCCGUCGCUCUUGACUACCUCGGGUUAGGAGGCUGGUCUGGUUUGCAAGCUGUCACCAUCGCUGGUGGCUUUGUAAAUCACAUUGUGACUGGAGUUUCGGGCGAAACCUGCACGGAGGGAAUGAUGUGCUCAUACGCAUGCCCUCCCGGCUAUCAAAAGGCACAAUGGCCUUCCACUCAAGGUUCCACUGGCCAAUCAGUUGGUGGUCUGUCUUGCAGCGGUGGAAAGCUUCAUUUGACGAACCCUAGUCUCUCUAGCAGUCUCUGUGUUGCUGGUGUCGGAGGGGUCCAGGCCACCAACAAUGCAGGCGGUGUCGUCGCGAUUUGCCGUACCGACUACCCCGGCACCGAAUCAGAGACCAUCCCUGUCGAGCUUCAAGCUGGUGAGACCGAGGCUUUGACCGUGCCCGACGCCGCGACAUACUAUACAUGGCAAGGAAAGUCAACAUCUGCUCAAUACUACCUCAACCCAAUUGGAUACCCUGCGUCACAGGCUUGCCAAUGGGGUUCCCCCGGUACACCAUUGGGCAACUACGCUCCCAUCAACUUUGGUAUUGGUGCUAAGGGGGGUGUCACAUGGCUCUCUAUUUUCCAAAACUCGCCUACCACGGAUGCCCAGUACGAGGGCACUGUCGAGAUCCAAGGCAACCUAUCUGGCACUUGCAAAUACUCAAACGGACAAUAUUGCGGUGUUACUGGAUGCAACUCAAAUGGAUGCACUGUGAGUUACCCCCUAUUUGAUUUGUCCUGGAACGUUCACUAA